AUCUGUGAGGUUGGUAACAUGAGCGGUAUUUCGAAAAUGUGUAGCAAUACUCGGUUCAGGAACUGUUCCUUACUGGGCAUUCAAGAAGUUUAUCCUUAAACUAAACACUCUUCUGAAGAGUCAGGUGUUUUGCAGGUGAUGACGAACUAUUAACUUUUGGAUGUUUAGAAAUCUACUACUACUACAAUACUUCUGUGGGAGGCAUCAAUUGAGGUAUACACUAUGAAAUACGGUUCUAAAAUGAAUUCCGCCUUUAAGGUGAACUAACCAGCUAACUUCGAAUUUUGUUUGAAACUCUUCGGCAUGACAGAUGAAAAUGCCAUUCAACUGCUUGUUCACUUUAUCUUCUUUCCUCUAGAAUGCUCACCCAUUAAUAUUUCUCCGAUGGCAAUUUAUUAUAAAAGUUAUUCACACCAGUAUUUUCAAAAUGGUUUUAACUUAACACUUGCCACAUAAUCGUACGGCCAAAUUUCAUUUCAAAAUGGACUGGAAGUUGUACUGUAGAAAUGUAAAACGGUUAGAUCUUGAAGAAGUUAAAAAGACAACAGAAGCCUUUAAAAAUAAAUCGAAGAACAUUGAAACAAAGAUUCUUGAGCUAUCAAAUGCUUGUCAAUCUAUGAAAAGUAACAGUACCUUACGAAUACAUACAAAGACUUGGAGAAAAGAAAUGUCCCUGUUAAAAAGUGAAGAAAACGAGAUUGAAAAGUUACUAAAAAAUAAUUGCUAUUCAUGGAUAUUCAAAGAAGAAUCUGUGGAAGAUACAACAUGUGAGAACUCGUUAAAGGCAAAAAACCUUCAAAACAUGCUUUCAAAUUCAAUUCGUUCUCUAAGGAAAACGACUAAAGAAUUAAGUGAGAGUGGGGUGAAAGAUGAAUGCAUUCAAACACAGGCGUCGGUCAAACAAGCUAUUCAAAAUAUGCAUGAUUGCCUUCAAGAACUCAGCAAUAAUUUAUCAAAUGAAGAAUCCGAGCUUCUAAAGCAACAAGAAGAUGGAGACGACAUUUUUCUAGGUGGAGCAAGGAGAAAAUCACUUGCCUUCAGUACUAAAGAAAUGGGAAUUCCUGAGUAUGCAUGGGAUUGGGAAUGUCCAGACGAUGAAUACUUGUCUUCUAUGCUGUCAGAAUUUGUUGUGAUGGAUUUCGAAUUUUACAAUCGUCUUGAAAUUAUUAGUAAGGAAUAUGAAUCAGUUCGAUCAAACGAUCUACAGCUUUGGAGUUUAAAUGAAUUGGAAUUAUUUGAAUAUAUUUGGGAUGUAUAUAAACGACAUUUGAUAUAUCAAAGACGUCAUUAUACACUAGACUUCUUAUCACGCCUAUUUCCUAAACACAGUAACAAAGAACUGACCGAUUUAUUGAACCACUGUGACCAUGAAAGUCAUCUCAGAGAUCGUGCUAUAACAAUAAAUCGUAUGUGGAAAAAGUCACGUGAUGACUUGAGCAUUCGUAUUCAAGCAACUCUAUUGCAAAUCGUAGAAUCAUCAAAUGAAAAGCGUAAUAAAGCAGAAAAAUAUCAGUCACAAAAAGAAUUAUGCAAUUUUUUGAAGGAACAAGUUCAAAGAUGGCGUAAAGAAAAACUGGAGAUGAAUGAACUCGAAGAGAGGAAAAAUGCUGAAAUUAAAGCACAACACAAAGAAGCUGAAGCCAAAAAGAAAGCAAAGGAAAAUGCAGCUAGAAAAGCUAUCAAAAUUAAGAUUGCUGAACAUCAGUCAAUGAAACAGAGACAAGCUCAAAAUGAAGCAGCUAGAUUAAAAUUUCUACGUGAUAUGCAUGCAAAACAAUCGCGUAUAGAUAUGGCUCGAUUGAAAGAAUCACAAGAUUUAUAUCUUUCUGAAGUUAAGCAGAAGAGGUUAUUCAAUCAACUGGAGAAAGAUAGACUAGCCAAUGAACGUGAAAUUAGACUAGAGAAUCUAAGAAGAAAGGUUCGACCGAAUGUGUUACCAAAUCCCAGUCGAUCAACUUCUGAAACUGAAUCCUGGCGGUUGAAAAUAGAUGAACACCUUCAAAGUAAUGAAAAUACAUCAGAAACACAAGUAUCUUAUGCCAGUGAUUAUAACAGAUUUGGAACAAAGUUAUACACUUUUACAAAUGCUCAAUUGUGUGCUGAUCACCGUACACGACUGACUGCAGCUUUACAUUCUGCUGGUGUGUUGGACUCAGAUUAUGCAAGAAUAUUAUUAUCAAAUAUAUCCUCUAAUCGCCAGACACGUAAAGAUACAAUGACAUCGAAGGAAUUUCGUGAAGCAAUAAACGACAGUCUACAUGAUUCAUCUGCAAACUCCAACUAAAAGUAUAUAUAUUUGUAUACGUGCCAAAAUACCAGUUCCAAAUUACAUACGGUUAUUCCUAGUUGUCAAAUAUAGUGAAUUUUAUGUGUAUUAAAUUGCUUUUAAUG